AUGGAAGGGAAUGGGCGGCUGAUAGUCGGCGACGGAUCGAGCGACAAGUUCUUUGUGGUGAACGAUAGGCAGAGUUCGGUGUUUAACAGCGCGAGUGCAACUCUGCGUGACGAUGGGAAUUUAGUUCUGACAUCGCCAAACAGAAGCCAUUUUUGUUGGCAGAGUUUUGAACAUCCUAGCAACGUUUUCUUCCCCGGGAUGAAGCUUGGGCUGUCAGGCAUUGAUACACAAACGCCGUCUAAUCGCGUCCUCACGUCGUGGAUAAGCGAUGGAAAUCCUUCUCCGGGGGAGUUUGAGUUGGGGGUGAAUCCAAACCAGCCAAACGAGUUGAUUAUCAAGCGAAGAGGGGUUGUUUAUUGGGGAAGUGGGGAGUGGAAGCGCCAAAAUUUCACGUUUCUUGAUUUUCCGGCGGGUUCCGGUGCCAACAUGACCAAUUACUCCAAUGCCAAAAAGGCCUAUUUUAGCCUUUCCGGUGGCUCUCAGUUGGGAAAUGGAUACAGUUUCAUUCGACUAAACUCCCGCGGAGGAAUCGACGCGUUCAUCUGGAACGCGACGACUAAAACUGUUGAGCCACUGGCGGUGGUCGUGUGUGACCCUGAUGAAGCGCUCCGCCGUGGAGUUGCCCUGUCCGGCGGCUGCUCUGCUACUAGUAAGAAGGCGCCCCCUCCUGCUUCUUCCCUUGCUCCGGCUAUAGCUCCGGCAACCCUUGCCGGCCGGACUUGGAAUUGGAGGAAGCACUUGGCGAGGUGGAAGCUUGCAGCAAUAGUGAGCUUGGUGGUUGCAAUUGUGAUUGCCCUCUCAGCCGUCUCCCUAUUCAACCGUUUCAAAAGGAGAAGGGGCUAUCGUAGAGCUCAGAGUAAAUUAACAGCAAAACAAGAUGUAGAAAUCAUUGAGAAAGGGGAUAACGAGUUACCAUUGUAUAGUUUAGAGACUAUCAAAAUUGCAACAGACUAUUUCUCGAAAGAAAACAUGCUUGGUCGAGGAGGUUUUGGAGUUGUAUAUUGGGGUAAAUUGGCAAGUGGAGAAGAAAUUGCAGUAAAAAGGCUAUCAAAAUUGUCAGGACUUGGAGUUGAGCAAUUCCAUAAUGAAGUUGUCUUGAUAUCAAAAUUACAACAUCGAAACCUAGUUAAGAUACUGGGUUGUUCUCAGAGUAAAUUAACAGCAAAACAAGAUGUAGAAAUCAUUGAGAAAGGGGAUAACGAGUUACCAUUGUAUAGUUUAGAGACUAUCAAAAUUGCAACAGACUAUUUCUCGAAAGAAAACAUGCUUGGUCGAGGAGGUUUUGGAGUUGUAUAUUGGGGUAAAUUGGCAAGUGGAGAAGAAAUUGCAGUAAAAAGGCUAUCAAAAUUGUCAGGACUUGGAGUUGAGCAAUUCCAUAAUGAAGUUGUCUUGAUAUCAAAAUUACAACAUCGAAACCUAGUUAAGAUACUGGGUUGUUAUCCAACAUUACGAGCAUUGCUUUGCUGGAAAACACGGAUUAACAUCAUCCAAGGAAUUGCUCAAGGGCUUUUAUAUCUCCAUACUUAUUCUAGAUUAAGAGUCAUACAUCGAGAUUUAAAAGUAAGCAACAUUUUAUUAGAUAAAGACAUGAACCCAAAGAUUUCUGACUUUGGCAUUGCCAAAAUCUUUGGAGAUGACGAAACUCGAGCAAUAACCCAAAGAAUUAUUGGGACAUAUGGUUACAUGUCUCCCGAGUAUGCAAUGGACGGACUUUUCUCUGUAAAAUCAGAUGUUUUUAGCUUUGGAAUCAUGACACUUGAAAUUAUAAGUGGAAAAAAGAAUAUUGGAUUCUAUAAUCCAAAUCGUGUUUCAAACUUAAUUGGACAGGCAUGGCAACUGUGGUGCGAGGGAAAAGCUAUUGAAUUGGUAGAUUUCACAAUACACGAAACAGUUUUAGAAGAUGAAGCCACGAGGUAUACGCAAUUAGGUUUGCUAUGUGUUCAAGAAAUUCCGGAAGAUAGACCAGAAAUGUCAGAUGUGAUAUCUAUGAUUAUGCAAGAAUCAACCGAUCUUCCUACUCCUCGACAACCAGCUUUUUCUGCUGUCAUAGGCCUUAAUAAAUCGAACGGUGAUUGUUCAAGAAGUACAAAACCUAGUUGUAGUAGUAAUGAGGUGACUAUUUCUAGAGUUCAAGGUCGAUGA